CCUAGGUAUAUUUCAAUGACGAGUGAUAUAUGAGUUUGAUAUAUGCGUUGAUACAAGCUGCAACGAGUAGCAAGGGUUUACACACUAUCACGGCGAAUACGAUAUGCCAUCCGUUCAUUUAGACUGCCGGUGCAUUGCCAAUCCUUUCCUUCAGCCGCUGAAUAACACUGUAGUUGGUGUUUUGCUUGUAGCGUAGCAGUAUAAUUAUCAGCACUGUAAAUGAAAUACUGCCCCAAGUUAUUCGACAAUGUCCAGUGAACAUAUCGAACCACCUGUUUAUAGGGCCGAUCCCGACAGCCCGAAUACCGCGAAAUCGUCUGAGAAGGGCACAGACAAAUACAAUGAAAAGCCUCCUAUGUAUCGCGAGGCGUCAGGUGUUGGGGUACCCUCCGGUAAUCAGACAGUAGACACGGCCACUUCAGCAGAACUUGGCCGUGAAUUUUCGUGCAACUCUGCCUUCACCGAUAGAGUAGGUGCUAUCAGGGACAAGCCAGCUGAUGCCCUCACGUCACAAGAGCUUCUGGAAGAAGUCAUGGCAGAUGAUACUGCACCGUCGCUUCUGCGGUUGUCACUGAGUUGGCAGAGCGAUGCCGUGCUCGAAAUCGCCGUACUGGAAGCGAUUGUUGCAAGAUCCGACGAGAAGAAGGAUAUUAUAACUUUGGCAGAGGAAGAUACGCAGCAUGCAGCCGCAAUUGGUGUGCCUGUUCCGCGAGGUUCUACGGAUACAGAAUCAAGUAGCAAUGGUGUCUCAAUCUCUGACCUAGACGAUGCGGUCUUAGCCGACAGAUUGGGACAAUGGUCAGUGGAGGUUUCUGUCAUGAAUGCAGGCACUGUCGCGGAGGUGAGGCAAACAGUGGGAGUGGUUGCGAAAAGCUGUGAGAAUACCACCCACACAUCAUCGACCAAUCCACGAAGGCAUUAUCAGCUCGCGUGGUACGAAAUAAUCGAACACGAUGUACAGAAGCCCAUCACGGUAGAGCAAGAGGCACUGCGUCGACAACAGAAAGAAGAUGCGAGGCAAAGGCAAAAGUAUCAGAGGCGCUCUUCAACGGCGACUAGCAGUGGAAACGAAAGCGAUGGCAGCUCCAGGCGGAAGAGUAGCCUAUUGCGUACCAUGGGGUGGAUGACGGGGCAGGGCCAGGGUAAGAGCAGCAGCCAGGAUCAGAUAGAAAGCAAACGCAAAGUCAGUCAGGAGAGUGCCGCGGGUGAGCUGCAACCCAUGGCGGAGAAUCGUGAAUUAGCAGCCACGCCCACCGAGGACACUGGACGACCGCAGCUCAAGAUGAUCAGUGGUAAACCUGGUGCCGCCGAUAUAUACCGGAAGUACAAUGUUGUGAUAACUUUGUACAGAGACGACGAGGGUGUUGGGGAAGUAUCUUUGCCGUUAGAGAUGCUACUGCGAUCAUCUUUGCCCAUUACAGCAUGGUUGGAACUGUCCGAAAUAGACCAAAGCUUUAAGGCGCGCCUGCAACGUGUGGGCGUUUUAACCUCGCACAAGCGCAAAAAGAAUAAAAUUCUUACUCGGUUUCAGCAGGACUGGGAGGAUCCACGUAUCUAUUUACGCAAGCUCAUUUCGCUGGAGACACUAUUUAUUAUCAUAACGCUCUGCCAAAUCUUAUUUGCUACUUUGAUUGUGACGGUCAUUCUAUAUCGGUACGCAUACUCUGAACUCACGUCAUCGGCCGAGAUGGUGUCCAAAGAGGUGCGGUCUUCCAUCAUUGAUGAAUUGAGUAUUCUCAUGGAAGCAGUGCAGGUUCAGGUGGUUAUAACGGCCACCGCUAUUCAAGUGCUGAUAGAGACAGAAGACUGGAGCACAGCAUCGCACUUGCUACAGACGAAUUUUGAAUCUCAAAGAAGUCCAUCGCAGGAAUCUGUCGGUGAGGUUGCGAACCAAAAUAUCAGUCAGUUGCUCUAUUUCGGGACCAGCGACUCUCAGUUCAUAUCCACUGGGCUUGCCUACAUUGCAGAGGAGGGCGUUCGGGACAGUCUUGUGAACUAUCGCGGGCUGCCGGAUUAUUCGGGAACAAAUGGUUCGAAUAUGAUCGGCUUUGGAUUGAACCAGGACUGUGGAGCGUUUAACUUCAGUUGCACACUGGCCAAUUUCUCGAAUCCUCGUAGGAGAGUCGAAGGUUACAACCCGGUGGCCCGUCCUUGGUACAUCAAAGCAAGCGAAUCAUCGGAUUACAAGCCCAUUUGGACAGAUACUUAUCCCUACGUAGGCACUGGAGGUUUAGGUAUAACCGCUGCCCUCAGAUUCCCUCGGAAUCCGGCGCGUGCCACGGAGUUCGUUACAGCGGCAGAUGUCGCACUGGCUGGCUUGGAUGAGAAAUUGGCAAAUAUGACUUACUACAUAUCUGGAUAUGGUUACAUCUGGGAGGCUGAUACCUAUUGGUUAGUCGCCUCGUCUCUAGCUGCGCCGAUUAGAACUGCAGAUGGUGAACGUAUACCGAUUUCAGAGAGUACUCAGCAAGAUAUUCAGAUGUCUGGUCAGUUCGUGACGGAUCUAUGCAAUUUCAAUCCGAAGUGUGUGAACCAGACGAUCGUUUAUCAUUAUGAGGACGUUCUUAUCAGUCUCGAUGUGUUUGAAUCCGUGGGUCUGAACUGGGUAGUAACCGUUGUUAUCCCGAAUGAGGACUUUCUGGCCUUCUACGACAAAAUGCUGAUCGUGUGUGUGAUUGUAGCCUUGGCUGAUACCGUGCUUACGGUGUUACUGACCAUCCUCGUUGUCAGCUCCAUCACGGGCAAACUUACCCAGGCCACGAAGCAACUGGCGAACUUCUCACGUCUGGACUUUGCCUCUGAAGUACCGGACACACAGAGUUUUGUAAAGGAAAUCUGUCGGAUUUAUGAAGCGCUAGUGGCCAUGCGGCUAUCUCUACGUUCUUUUUCAAAGUACGUUCCGCCGUCCGUUGUGAAGAUACUUGUGGAGCAAGGACAAGAAGCUCGUCUCGGGGGUCACAGACGCGUGAUCAGUAUUUUCUUCAGUGACAUUGCUGGGUUCUCCCAAUUGUCCGAAACGGUUGAUUUGGACCAAUUACUACCCCUCCUAGGUACGUAUUUGCAAGAGAUGUCAGUGCUGAUACAGGACAACGAGGGCAUCAUCGACAAGUUUAUUGGCGACCAUAUCAUGGCCCUGUGGAAUGCUCCUGACUCAGUUUCAGAGCAUGCAUACAAGGCGUGUGAGACUGCACUCCUAUCUCAGGCUCGAUUGACAUCUAUGCGCUGGGAAUGGGAGGCUGUGGGCUGUCCCUACUUACAGUCACGUAUCGGUAUUCAUACAGGCGAUGCCAUUGUCGGUAAUUUCGGUAGUGCAGAUCGAUUGAAUUAUACCGCCCUGGGGGACAGUGUAAAUCUGGCCUCUCGAUUGCAAGGACUGAAUGACAUGUACGGCACUGAUAUAAUUAUUUCGGCGGAAACUCAAGCGCUCGUGAGUGAGAGCUUUGUUUGCCGCCCUCUAGAUGUCGUCGCUGUCAAGGGUCGCCAACAACCGAUAUGGGUGUACGAGCUCGUCGCUCACCGAGACGCUGUCACUCCCGAGCAAGCUGAUGGGGUAGCACUGUUUUCAGAUGCUUUCGCACGAUACCAAGCCCAAGACUUGGAUGCAGCCGCGGAGCUUUUCGGCAGAUACAUCAAGGAGUUUAACUUGACAGACAAGGCGGCAAAUAUGCAUUUAAGAACGUGUCUGAAUGCCCCCGAAGGAUUCCAGGGCUUCAGAGUGAUGACGACGAAGUGAUUGGGCGAAUCAAUUCUGAUCAAUAUGUACUGUAGGUCCUAGCUUUCCUAGAUACAAGUGCUGUAUUCAUACAGAGGAAUUCGGAGAGCGAAGGAGUUAGUGAAUAGCUUACAGACACCGCUCGCUCUAACAUUGUGCACAGGUAUAUAUGAGCAGAACGACAUAGUUUAUGCAUGUCUGGGCCAAUCUAUUUGCAGUCACGCAUCCAGAGUUGUGUCCUCUCAACAAUGUACUGUAACGACGAUAGUUUUUAAACGCAGUGUGCUGUUUCGGUGUAUGCCCAGUGCUAUCCGAAAGGUUACAAAGCCGAUAUAGAGGCCACAUGCGAUUCAGAUAAUUCCAAACAGAUUGGUGCGAACUUGGAACACGCAUUACGUAGCUUGGUAUUGAAUUUCGCGCAACAUGUAGUGAAGCAACGCGCGUUAGCUCAUGCUUCGUCUUUGAGAUGAAUCGACGCGCAAUAUAGGGGCGGCUUGUGGAUGAGACUGGCGUUGUGAAUUCGCAAAAAAAGAAAACAUCCACUAAGAGCCAAGUAUGCUCAUAUAAUCGUGCUUCCUGCACAAACUUUGCGUACUCUCACUGACGUGCGUCUACGCUGUCGCGACAUGCGAGUUCCACUUCUCGUUGCGAAUAUAAAGAAGGCCAGUAUGCGUGGCUUGUAUUACACACGUGGCAGGAUUGUUUUACCCCACAGCAUCUUCAAAGUACGAAGACCGUCAUUCACCAGGUGUGUGGUAUACAUCUACGAGCGAGAACUAAUAAUUAUAUAUCAUUGGCAUAGAGUGCGGGUAUAUAGCAAGCACAAGCUACCAUGCGGUAUCGUACAGUCGCAUGGCGAUAAUACUUGGGCAGUGAGUCAGAGGACGAUUCAAACUCGUCACCAUACGCCGAUGCGCGUAGUGAUCAAUGUGGUUAUUGGAAGAUUAUAAUUAAGACAAUUACUGCUAGCUUGAACCACAAGGCUUUGGACUCAAACUAGGAUGAUUGAAGUUAAUAUAGAAGUUAGAUAUCCAACUUUUCUAACACUGCGGCGAUCUCAUUUAAGCUAGCAUAUCCGUUCACAACAAAUGAGGACGUGACAUCAACGGAUUUAGUUGUUCGUAAUCACCCAGAUUCGAAUAGUAAUAA